AUGGCAGAGUUGGCGAAACCCAAAAAAGAAAAGGAUAAAAAACGAACGGCGCCGCUGAUACCGAAAAAACCGGAUGUUAUCAACGGAUUUCAGCUUCCCGAAGCGCCAUCACAUGCUUUAAUUGAAAGAUCUGCGUCACCGGAGCCGGAAGAACAACCACCAAUUCCGAAUAGAAGCCUUAUCGCCCAGCAAUAUCCCACAGUUCCGGAGCUCUCUGAACUGCCUUCAUAUUGCGAACCACUACAACCGCAAAUGCUGCCAAAAUGUCAAGAGUCGUCAGAGAAAUUUAAAGUCGCUGUUGCACCACCUAUGUAUCCUUCUAUUUCAUGCUACGAAAAAGAUGAAUACGGAUUAAUGACUGAAGGACAUUUGAUAAACUUCUAUCAUAAUCGCCUCUAUGAGCUAGCCGAUGACUACGUUGACCGUUUCAUAGCCAAUGAAGAAGUUCCAGUCUCAUCUGGGGUUCUUUUUCCCCUGCUUAAACGGUUUAAAGAAACGUGUGAUCACAUGGAAAUCACCGAAAUUUCUGAGAAAGAAAAUACAACGCAAUUGCAAGCUUGCCUACAAGCUGUAUGGAAAAGUCAGCAGUUUUCACAAAAGGCUGUCGGAAAAUGUGGAGAAAACCGUGAUGGGACUGGCACUGCUAUGUUCACAUCAUUCACUAUUGAAGAGCAUAAAAUCCAAGAGCUGAAACGAUUGCUCUCAGAAAAUCGUUGCAGUUCUUUGGAUCAUAAACUGUGUGAUGAAGCUUCUUUCCGAUCGUUAGCUCUUCAAAUUGCAUGGAUUAUAAUUAAUAUUAAUAGUUGUUUCAUGAUGGAAAAUGGACUAAACGCGCAAUGCCCUCCCCUAUUAAUUCCACAAUCCAUUGAAUCACCGAAUCGUUUGAAUGUUCGCCGAGCUCUAUCGGACCUGUUCUACCAUUUAAGAUAUCCGCGGCUCGGUGAAAGGUAUAAGCAGACCAUUGUGAAUUGGAUCACGGAACUAAUAUGCGUUAUUAACAUGCAUCAGACGUGUGAAGAUGGAAUUUUUGUGCUUUCCCACAUUUUAAGGCUUCCGUCACCAAUUCAUGAUUGGGCUCCCCAGUUUGUUCAGACUUUCAUUCAGUCAAACUCUUCUCCUAAGCUCAAACUCGAUUAUUGUCUGGCACUCAUGACACACCUCCUCAAUCCAAUAAAGGCGCGGGAAAUUUUUCUUCGUCACGUGGCGCAAUCGGAAAAAGAGGAAUCGACAUGGGAGAUACUUGAAGAAGGAGAUGAUGACGAUCCGAGAGAAUUUUCAUUUGUAAAUAUCAAUGAAUUGGACUUAAUCUCACUUUUGGAUCAGCUGCCAAUCUCUGAAAUAUACUCUGCUGCGAACCUGGCAUUUUUCUCAUAUAAUGAUAAAACAUCCGAAAUGACUUCUCUAAUUGCAUUCCAAAUAUUACUCAUGAAGGUUCUUGACAAUGGAUUAACGAAUUAUUCAAAACCUGGUUAUCGCAUGUUUUGUAAACGCAUUGGAAAAAAUUUAAAGCAAAGUGUGUGCGAGCUCUGCCGCCGAUGGAGUGAGGUAAAAUAUCAGAUACCGAAUACCGACGAACAGUUUAUUCAAAAAGAAGUGGACCGCAUAGUCCUACUUGGACUCAAUUAUUUAAUACACAGGGAUAGCAUUGGCUUAUUUCAAUUUGUCAUCAGUCUACCUUAUGACGUGGUUUCCGAAGAAUGUCGAAUUAGGUGUGAAUUUGUGCUGCGAUCAGAAAAGAAAAUGUCUAUUCACGAAAUUUAUGGGACACCAAUUUCUGAAGUACAAGCUAAGAAAUCGUUAGUGAAAAUGAUGAGCAGGUUCCAUUCACUAAGCCCUCAAGAUCGAGAAUUUCUCGUCAAUUCCAUUGCCACGAUUCAGUCAUAUUCGAGCUCAGACGCCUCUGAAUUCUUCAAGGAGAUUAUUGAUGUUUGCUUUUGCGAUUUAAAUACCCGCAAUGAAAUGUACAAAGUUGGUGGAGAGGCAAUCGGCGAAAUUCUGAGCCGAAAACCAGGAACACUCGAUCAAUUGUUAGUCAUUAUUGAUCGAAAUUUGCAACAUAUGGACGCGCAUGCUAUCAACGUCUUGUCAACUUCAAAAUUAGGCGAUUGCCGACUCUCAGAAUCAAUGAUCAGUAUUAUUGGUAAAUGGCUGAUUAAUAAUCCUCCGGAACAUGGCGGAAAUCGUCUUGCACGUCGUGUUCUUGCUGGCCUUCAUUGGGGCCCUGACGCGGAUGGUUUGCAGCUUUUUAUUGAUGCAGGAGUUCAUGCUCUCGCCGCUGACACUAUUGUUAAAGCACACUCGGUUCAUUGUUCAAAGUCAAACAGCAUGAUUGCCAAAUCCAUCAAACAAAUUGCUAAGCUUGCAAGUAAAGUAGGGGAUGCGGAGACGCACUUUCAACAAUUUUGCUGGGAUCUUUUGGUGAAACUUAAAUUGCCCAAAGUUUCAACCAUCUCUGUCCAAAAUGAUCUUACAGCUCAUUACGUGAAAAUUGUACAAUGUUAUGAAGAAAACAUUACUACGUAUUUGGAAAACGCUGUACCUCUUUUGUCUAAUCUUGUCUCUUCUGGCAGUUCUGUUGCUUGUGUUGUGCUUAUUUCUCGUCUUAUUGCUCAGCACUAUGAAAAACAUACAGAAUUGGGAAGCAACAAGGCAUUUAUGGCAGUUUUUGAACAAGUUCUGCACGUUGAUCAGCUUUCAUAUGCGGUUCAAUGGUUAUCGGUACCGUCGGAAACUCCUACCCCCGUUGUACGCCUUUUGAGCUCUGGUAUUGCGUAUUAUUCGAAUCGUGUACCAGAACGAAAGGAAUUUAUUAGAGCAUGGAUGCAUUUAUUGUGCUGCUCUAGAAACGGAUGGAAUGAGGAUGCUGUAACAUAUCAAAUUGCCGGCACUCUUGUACGACAAGCUAUUAUUCAUGAUGUCGAAAGUCUUUAUGAAUUGCCAGAAAUGCUUCACAAAUAUUACAAACAACAACUUGCCGCUGAAAAGGCUGCUUCGCGAGGAUUAUUCACAGUAUUCUCUUCUGACAUUUCGCCAUCACCGCUUAUUCCAGACUCAAUGUUAAGAAUUGCCCCAGCGGCUUCUUAUAUCAUGCUUCUUGUUGAGAAAGAUGCGUUUUCUACUUUUUAUGACUAUUUGUUUGAUAACUUAGGAAAAAAGGAAAAGAAUAAACUGGAACAUUCUGUGAAGAAAGCUUCCACGAAGUCCUCCAUUUCUUUACCUGUGGACCGUCUCGCAGUAUUUAGAUGGGUGAAACUGGCUACUAAAUGCAAUGAUUCCGUGAUACUGCCCCUAAUUUUGCAACAAGUGACUAUUGAGGCUUACAAGCUACGUAGUUCUGGCAUGCAUACACAGUGUUUUGCUAGAAAGCUAAUAGACGCUACCGAUGUCCAGCCGAUUAUGACUGAAUUUAGAAAAGCAAUUGAAGAAUGUACUCUAAAUACUAAAGGUCUAACUCGUGCUGUACUUGGAUGGAUAUUCACUACCCAUAAUGUCACCAGGAAUGGAUUCAAUUUCUCCGUCUUUGAUCUUGAUUAUCUGCUGCAGCUAGUGCUCGCCGGGGAUAACCAUCCUUGGAUGGAUUAUGUAGAUAUUGCGGCACUCAAUUCGGAAGAAAUUAACGAGCAGAAGCUUUACUCGGUGACUUGUCAACAUGAUCCGAAACCAAGUUUUGCUUUCCCCACGAAGAAUGAAAUAAUCAACUCGCCAAAAUCUGUUGCACUUCCUUUCCCGAUACUUCCGGUACACAAAACAUUACCGAAAGCGCCUGAAGUUGAAUCAAAUGCCCUAUUUCGUCCGAACUGUUUAAUGCAAAUGGUAACACCAUAUAUAGGAUGUAUAAAGGACCUCGCAACAAAUUUCAUGGAAUGUGGAGAUCAAAUGGAAUUGUUUGAUGAAAAAUAUGUGGAGCUGAUUAAUAAGCUCUACCAACCGACGAAGCAGAGCAUUUCAGUUCAGAUUCGCUGCGAUGGCGGAUGCUCUCGGCCGAAGUCAUGUGUAAUCGAUGUCUCAACAAACGUGUUUAGUGCGGCAACGAAUACAGAAGUCGCAAAAAAUCGUGAGAAACGUGUUGCUCUUUGGAAUGAUCUUUAUACGGGCUUGGUUGAUAAAACCGCUCAUGCAACGGCUAGCUUUGAGCACCUGGCGAGAAUUAUUUCUAAUCUGGCAAUGAGUAUGAAUGAGAUGAACCGAUCAAGAGCACAGACUUCUGGUAGUCAGUACUUUCAUCUAUUGGUUUCGUCGGUCGGUGAUCACGAACUUUUGUACAAGCCAGCAGUUGAAGCCUAUACGAACUCGCUAAGAGAAAUAGGAAAAGAAUUUAUUCGCCUUCAACCUGGAGAACAAAUUGAUGUCAUGAAAAUUGCGCUUGAUGGAGUUGCACUCUAUGAGCCUAUUGUCGAGUUAUUCACACCGGAAGUGCUCAAUUCAAAAGACCUCUGCGCGGCAUAUACUAAACUCUCUGAAGCUGUACGAACACCGGAAAAAAGCAACAUGGCUCUACAAUUGUUAGGUAUGUCAAUUAACAGAAAAAUUUAUUAA